AUGGGUAAAGCCUCUUCUUCAAUUUCCAUACUGGAAAUGAACCUUAAACUGCUGUGCAGAUGGUACUACACACCUGCCCGUCUGCAUCAGUUAUUUCCAAACACCCCAGCUACAUGCUGGAGAGGCUGCCAAGAAAGUGGUACCCCGUAUCAUAUCUGGUGGCAGUGUCCAAAAGCUAAAACCUACUGGGAGGCUAUUGAGAAAGAAAUUGCACUAGCAUUAAAUAUACCCAUGACAUUUGAUAAAAGACGAGGAACCAGAAAAAGCUGGGAUGCCAAGCAGUUUAUUCAAACAAAAGAAUCUGCUUCUCUAGCCUAUGUGGUGGAUACUACAGGAUCUAUGGGAAGUUCUAUAGGACAGCUGAAGUUAGCUAGCAGCUGGCUUCUGGAAAGUGUGUCUUUGAGAUUGCCAUGCGGAGUUCGGCAAUAUACCAUGGUGGAAUUUAACGACCCAAGUGUUGGACCUGUUAACAUAACAUAUUCUAAAACAGAAUUUAAUUAUCUGUUUAAUUCAAUCCGAAUUUAUGGAGGAGGUGACUGUCCAGAACUGGCUAUGAGUGGACUGGAAUUAGCUUUAAUAAAUUCGCCACCCAACUCUUUUAUAAUAGUGCUUACAGAUGCUUCUGCCAAAGAUUACAAUUAUUUAAACCUUAUGAAGAACGUUUCUCGUCUCUUAAAUGAGAAACAAUCACAGGUCCUCUUUGUAUUGACAGGACUUUGCUCAAAUAUAAAUAGACCCGACUACCUGGUUUACAGAAAUAUUUCAUCUAUGAGCUUUGGACAUGUUUUUAGAGUACAAAUUUCAGACAUCGGCAAAGUCUUUUUCUACUUGGAUACCAUCCUUUCAACACCCCUCAAUAGCUCAACCAGAUUGUUUUCUGGUGACAAUGAUUUUGGCACUUAUUCAUACGACUUUGUUAUUGAUGAUAUUUAUUCAUCUGUGUUAGUGACCACAGAUGGACCUAUAAAUUCUCUUUAUAUUUCAAAUCCUGCUGGAUUCCAUGAAACACCAAAGAUUCUGGUAUCUGAAGUUUGGGGUGCCAUAUAUUUAUUGAAGUAUCCCAUGAUUGGUAAUUGGUCAAUAUCUGCAUCUGCAGGAGGUACUCAUUCUAUAAGAGUGCAGGGACUGACAGCUACUGAUGACUGCUCAUUAUGUCACCACAAUGCAAUUUGUGAAGAACAUUUUGGCAUUCAGACAUGUGUCUGCCAAGAUGGAUAUAAUGGAGAUGGACUUUCAUGUUUUGAUAUUGAUGAAUGUGCUUAUUCCUGGACAAACAACUGUACUCAUAUCUGUUUAAAUAACGUUGGUUCUUAUACCUGUCUUUGUCCAAGUGGGUACAACAUAACCUCAGGAAAUAUUUGUGUAGAUAUUAAUGAAUGCUCAAGCCCUGAACUCAACAGUUGUCAUCCUGAUGCCAAAUGCACAAACUACAUUGGUUACUAUACUUGUGCAUGCAAGCCUGGAUAUUCUGGAGAUGGAUAUUACUGUAAAAUGGAUUCAUGCGCCAGUGGCGUGUGUGGAUUUGGGAUGGAAUGCAUUGAGCACAGUGGAUCGGCUUAUUGUUCUGACCCAUGUCUUAAUUAUACAAGUCUUAAUGAGCCCUGGAGGAGCACUGCUAACACAGCUGUAUAUCCUAUACACUGUGACAGUGACAAAUAUGGGUGGCAUCGAUUUGAAGGCAGUGGGGGAAGUCGUAUUCCAGAAGUCUGUGUUCCUGAAAAUAGCUGCGGUACAGCUGCCCCAAUGUGGUUAAAUGGGGCCCACCCUAUGCUCGGAGAUGGUAUUGUACGUAAAACUUCAUGCGCUGCCUGGAGCGGACAUUGCUGUAAUUGGUCAUCAGACAUAUAUAUUAAGGCUUGUCCUGGUGGAUACCACGUCUACAAAUUAAGUGGAACUCCAACCUGCAGCUUGUCAUAUUGUACAGAUCCAGCUACUGCCCAAACGCCUGACUCAUGCUUAUGUGCCCCAGAUGAGGAAUGUAGAUUGGUUGGUAAUAUCCAUAAAUGUUUCUGCAAAUAUGGUCCUAGCAUCACUGAUCCUAAAGACUUACGACCUACACUUACAUGUGGAAAGUCAGAGAUUAAAGUUUCAUUUCGAGCAUGUGAGCUCAGGACACUUGACCUGGACACUGAAAACAUCCACCUCAUUGACAGACAUUGCGUGGGAUACCUGGAAAGCAAUGGCAGCCUUGUGUCUGUAUCAUCCCCUCUACAAUCAAAAAUUUGCGGAAAUACUUUAACUAAAAAUACCACACAUGCCAUUUACAAGAACACAAUUUAUUUACCACCGGACCCUGAUCAGGUCAUCAUGAGGGAAGAGGUCUAUGUUCAUUAUUCCUGCGUGUACCCUCUGGAUAUGAAACUUUCUCUUCAGACAUCUUUGAAGCCAAUUCUAAGCUCAGUAGACGUCGAUAUUGAAGGCACUGGACAAUUUAAGGUAAUUAUGGCUGUUUAUAAAGAUGGGAACUACACCACACCUUAUGAGGAAACAGAGGUCAAACUGUCAACAGAAUCCAUAUUAUAUGUUGGAGUCUUUCUUGAUGGUGGAGACACAUCUCAUUUUGAUUUGGUGAUGAAAAAUUGCUUUGCAACUCCUACAAGAAAUUUUGAGGAUCCUGUUAAAUAUGACAUUAUCAAAGACAGUUGCCCUAAUAAACAGGAUCCAACUAUAAAUGUUCCUGCAAACGGCAUCUCAAGCCAAGGACAAUUCUCUGUGCAGAUGUUUAAGUUUGUUGGAGAUUAUAGCAACGUCUUCCUGCACUGUGAAAUUAACCUUUGUGACAAUAAGUUACAUUCAUGUCAACCUCUUACUCAGGUGCUAAAUGUAGAAGGAGGCACCCCUGCCCUUGGAGCCUUCGGCUCUUUCAGAUUUAUUCUUAUAAAAGAGCAACACACUAAGAUCUGUGCAAAUGUAGACCUUAGUGGAUUGAACUUUCACAAGAAUAAACCUUGUUCUAAAAAGAGCUAA